UGCUCUUCCAGCGAGCUGCUAUUGGCUGCUUGCUGCCCAGCUGUAAGGGGCGGGGCAAGCGAGGGUUUGGUCGCUGGGGGGUGACGCCACUUUGUGCGCAUGCUCGGUUUGAUUUGGUGACACCGGGAGACAAGGCGGCGGACAUGGCGGACGUUGAAGAAACAUUAAAGAGGAUCCAAGGCCAGAAAGGUGUACAAGGAAUUAUUAUUGUCAAUGCAGAAGGAAUUCCCAUUAAGAGUACUAUGGACAAUGCAACCACCGCACAGUAUGCAGGUCUAAUGCAUCAUCUAGUGACAAAAUCCAGAAGCUCAUUGCGGGAUAUUGACCCCCAGAAUGAUCUGACAUUCCUCCGGUUGCGAUCAAAGAAAAAUGAGAUCAUGAUUGCGCCAGAUAAAGACUACAUGUUGGUGGUCAUCCAGCAGCCGUCGGAGUGAUCACGCCAUUGGUCGCAGCAAUCCUCCUUUUUUAUUAUUGAGUAUGCCGCCUCCUCCGUAUUUAUUGGUUUGUGGACCUGCCUAGAGCAGAAUCUGAAUGGUGAACACCAAGACCCCCCCACAGAUCACGACUACAUGUAUGCCUACUUCUCACACCUGCUGUCCUGGGUACUCUUUGCAGAGAGGAAUACAGUACAUUGGCCUGCUGUUCUAUAGCACUGGUGCUCGUCUCCGGUCCUCGGGGCCCCUAACACUGUGCAUGCUUUUCUCUCCCCAUUACUAAUGAGAACGUGUUGCUCUGUUAUGCUGAACAUGCAGUCUCUUUUUAUAUUUGAUCUGUCCAAAUUACCAACAUUUGUGUAAAUGUGUGGGGUUUACUCAUUGUGUAUGGAUUUAGGUCUUUUCACUACUUGUUUCUAGUUUUUAA